CCAGGCCGAACCUUCCUAGCUCGAUCAUUCUUCUUCAGUCCCCUCUCCCCUCCCCCGUUUUCGUUUCGCCCGGACCGGUCCAUGGCGCUGGACUUCCUCCAGCCAGGCGUCCCCGGCAGGCAGCCGGUCGGCGACCGCCGCACGGCGAGGUCGGCCAUCUUCAUCGGCGUCGCCAACGGCCUCCUCUCGCCGCCCCACCUGCGGCGCUGCCUCUGCGGCGGCCCGUGCGACGGCGACGACGACGUGGAGCAGAGGUACUACCAGCUCGCCAACUUCGUGGUCACCGUGCUCGGCGUGGCGCUCCUGGUCGUGGACAUGGCGCCCUCGCUGGCGGUGGCCCGCUCGCCGCGGUGGCCGCCGGCGGUCCGCUGGAUGGUCUGGCUCACCAAGGUCCUGGCCUGCGGCGCGCUCCAGUUUGGCGUCAACGUCCUGUAUUUUUGUCUUAGGAUGUUGUGCGCUAGGUUGAUGCUCGUCUUCGCCUGACUUCGCCAUUGUUAACUUCCACCAGCAAGGGACCUCUCGCCAUUAUUUUUCACACAGUAACCUAGUUCGUUUCAAUCUUUUUCCCUGUCUAAAUCUUUUCUUUUUUGCGAGUAUCGAUCCCUGUCUAAACUUGUGUACUCUUAAUUUUUUUUAUUGUAGUUCUAAUUAAAGUCAGGUGUUCAAACUCACAAUGGUGUAGUGUAGUGUACAAUCGUUUUGAUUGUUUGUUUCAAGAACAAUAUUAAUGCAUGGUUUGCUUUCUAG